CAUUAGUUUAAUUAAUUUUAGUCAGAACUUCAUAUAUUUUUUCUUCUACCACACAAAAAAAUUGUAUUUUCAAAAUUUCUACAAAAAAAUAACAUGAUAACUUCUAUAAAUUUUCUUUUUCUGUUGUCAUUGGGCUUUCUUUCGUGGGCUAUAUUGUGUUACAUACAACAAAUCGAACAAACUUUACAAUUAAAUACAAAUAUACCUCAAGAACUAACUAAAGAAAUUCCAAAUAUGGCCGCACAACCUGAACCACAAGUCUUAAAAACAACUUUACAAAGUCAAGAUAAAUACGAUAUUUGUGUUAAUUUCUUGGGUAUUUUUGUAUGUAUUUAUGCCUUAGCCAAAAUAACCCAUAUAGCUGAGAUGUAUAUGGCUAAACGUAUACGUCACAAAGUGUACAUACCCACAAUGCAAGAAUCUGAUGUAGAAGAUUCCGAAACUAUCAGUGAUUUGCAGGAGCAACAAGAAAAUCUCAAAUGGAAAAUCAAUAAAUUGGAAAAGCAAAAUAAUGAAAUAAAAUUUAAAUUGAAAAAUGUGAUAGAAUGUCAAACAACCGCUUCAGAUGAUGUGGAAGAGCAAAUACAUAAUAUAUUUAUUACUAAUAAGCAUAUACAUUUAAAUCGUCAGAUUUAUUUUAACCAGGGAGCUACUCUUAACAUGGGAAUGGGAAAAGAAAAAAAAGAACCUACCACUAUUUGGGAAAAAUAUAUGGAGCUCAAAAAUUCUAUGGUUCAUAAAACCAAGGAACUAACAGAAAGUCAUAUGCCCGUCGUAAUGUCUAGUGAAGAAUUAGAAAAUAUAAAAGCUAUUUUUUAAAUAUUGCAAUUAUAAAGGAAGUUUAUCACAAGGCCAUUUAAAAUUAUAACAAUAAAUUAAACAAUUUUUUUACAUUAUAUUUUAUAAUCCACAACAAUAAACAAUUUCAAAUAAAUUAACGAACAAACUGUAUGAA